AUUGUUGCGGGUGAGGCGUGAGGAGCUGAGGGGCGGGGAAGCGGGGGGGAGGUCGGGAGCCGAAGGAGUUCUCCUCCGUUACGAGGUGAGGACGGCAAUGGGUGCCGAGAUGGAACAGCCGGGAGAGGUGGCGGGCUUCGCCGGCAGCAGGGUGUACCUGGACCACAACGCCACCACCCCGCUGUCUCCGGAGGUCGCGCAGGCCAUGGACGAGGCGGCUCGUCGGGCCUGGGGCAACCCCAGCAGCUCCCACCCUGCAGGCAAGAAGGCCAAGGAGCUCAUCGAGAGCGCGCGGGAGAGCCUGGCGAGGCUGGUGGGGGGCCGGCCCGAGGACAUCAUCUUCACCUCGGGGGGCACGGAGGCUAACAAUAUGGUCAUCCACACGGCCCUCAGGUACUUCCGAGAGAGCCAGGGGCAGGGCCGGGCCAUGCCGCACGUCGUGACAUCAAAUGUGGAGCAUGACUCUAUCCGCUUGCCACUGGAGCAGCUGGUGAAGGAGAGCCUGGCAGAAACCACCUUUGUGCCUGUAUCCCCGCGAAGUGGACAGGCUGAGGUAGAUGAUGUUCUUGCCGCGGUGCGGCCGACCACCUGCCUAGUUACCAUCAUGUUGGCCAAUAAUGAGACAGGGGUCAUCAUGCCUGUUGCAGAGCUGAGCCAGCGCAUCCGUGCCCUCAACCAGAGGAGAGCGGCGGAGGGGCUGCCCAGGAUCCUGGUGCACACAGAUGCAGCACAGAUGAUUGGCAAGGGGCGCGUGGACGUGCAGGAGCUGGGGGUGGAUUACCUCACUGUUGUGGGGCACAAGUUCUACGGCCCGCGGAUUGGCACACUGUAUGUGCGUGGUCCUGGCACCACCACCCCACUGCACCCCAUGUUCUUUGGAGGCGGGCAAGAAAGGAAUUUCCGACCAGGCACUGAGAACACCCCGAUGAUUGCUGGCCUUGGCAAGGCCGCAGAGCUGGUGAGCAGGAACUGGGAGGCCUACGAGGCCCAUAUGCGGGAUGUUCGGGACUACCUGGAGGCCAGGCUAGAGGCAUCCUUUGGGAAGAUGAGGAUCCACUUCAACAGCCAGUUUACAGGCUCCAAGCGACUCUGCAACACCUGCAACGUCUCCAUCUUGGGCUCAGGCCUUCAAGGGCGCAGGGUGCUGUCUCACUGCAAGAUCCUUCUCGCCAGUGUUGGGGCUGCCUGCCACUCUGAGAAGGGAGAUCAGCCCUCCUCGAUUCUGUUGAGCUGUGGGAUCCCCUGCGACGUAGCGCAGAACGCCUUGCGGCUGAGUGUGGGGCGAGACACCACCCGCGCGGACGUGGACCUGGUUGUGCAGGACCUUGUGCAGGCUGUGGCACAGCUUGGCAAGGACCAAGCCUCAUAGGCCCCAGGAAUCACUCCUUGCCCGUCACCCAGGUUCUCGGGGUAGGAUUGUGCUCUGCUUCACUCCUGGCUGCUGGCUCUGGCAACCCCUUUUAUGUGGGUUGUACAGGGCAGGAUGGUGACCAAACUAAUAGCAAGUCUCUGCUAACAGGAUUUGCUCCUCCAUUCUUAUGUCCAGUCUUCUAACUCCAUGGCUGCAGACUGAGUCAAUUUGUAAUCGGGGUUUGGCAGGAAUAACCUUCUGCCUGACAACUAACCUGGCUGCCUGCCAGCCAAACUGACCCAGCCUCCAGCUUGAGAUCACUGAUUCAACAUCGUGGAAGUGGUGGCUGGAGGAGGAAGCAAGAUAGUCUGUUUCAGCAGCAGUAUGCUCUCAGGUCUGCUUAGCUGCACCGCACUGCGUAGCUGGUUUGCCUCCACAGUGUGUGCUGCCUUAGCAGAAAAGCUUGCCAGUGCGUGCUAGUGGCAGCAGGGAGCUGGGAGCUGUGCUGUGGAGAUGGCUUUGCUACUUUGGGGCUGGAGCAGCCCAUCUAAUUCUUGCUGAGGACUCUGUCAUCCCUAUUGCAUGGUGCAAACAUUUUGGGAGCAUCGCUAUCAGGCACUCCUUGCUUGCCAGCACAUUUCUGCAUGUGUCAAAGAGUCUCAGAGCUUGGCUGCCUCCAGAGCAUGACAGGCGUGGAAGCCGUAGGAGGUGAAGGCUUUUGCACUGGUUGCUUUCCACAAAGGAAGCUUUCCUGCUGUCUGAUCGCUGAGAGGAAGAAAGACCAUCUGUCCCAAGGAGAAAUGAGUUUAUAGCGACGCAGCAAGAGGCUGGGCUGGGCACUGCUCUGCCCCUGCCAGAGCCCUAAGCCACAAAAGUGUUUUUUGGCUGGGAAAGUGUUGGGUAUAGCUUUCCCAGCGCUGUAUUGCAUUACUUGCUCCUUGUCCUUCCUACAGUGGGCAGUGCUCCUGUUGCUGGCUCCACGUGCUCUGAAAAGAAGUGGCUGUUGCAGGAGCCCUAAUGUGUGCCAGUGCCCGAGGAAACGUGUCACCCCUGCACGGCCAAGGCAGUUCUAACAUUAGGAGGACACAGGUGUCAAAUGCAUUGGGAGUGCUGCAGCUGGGCUGACUCAUUUCUGGGAAUCUGUUUUUUUGAUAUUCAUAGGAAUAAAAGUGAUUACCACUGCUGUGGCAUUUUCCCAUGUAAAA